CAGGAAUUUGCUGUCCAAACAGGAUGCCCUGGAAGUGGUGCUUUUUCCCCCAAGGGGCCGGCCCUAGGUGCUUUAUAAAGGCUGGCUCGGGAAGGAACCUGCGGCUCCUAUAAAGGAACGUCACUCAGGACGUGACUCCAGGGCCCAGUAAGAAAGCAGGAUGCACUUCAGAACCUUCAACUACAGCUUUAGCUCGCUCGUUGCCUGUGUGGCAAACAGCGAUGUCUUCAGCGAAAGUGAAACCAGGGCCAAGUUUGAAUCGCUCUUUAGGACAUAUGACAAAGAUAUCACCUUUCAGUAUUUUAAGAGCUUCAAACGGGUCAGGAUAAACUUCAGUAGCCCUUUAUCUGCAGCAGACGCCAGACUUCAGCUGCAUAAGACUGAAUUUCUGGGAAAGGAAAUGAAAUUGUAUUUUGCUCAGACUUUACACAUAGGAAGUUCACAUCUGGCUCCGCCAAAUCCUGACAAGCAGUUUCUGAUCUCUCCUCCUGCCUCUCCACCCGUGGGUUGGAAACAAGUGGAAGAUGCCACUCCGGUCAUUAACUACGAUCUCUUAUACGCUAUCUCCAAGCUGGGGCCAGGGGAGAAGUACGAGCUGCACGCAGCCACUGACACCACGCCCAGCGUGGUGGUCCACGUGUGUGAGAGUGACCAAGAGAAGGAGGAUGAGGAUGAGGAGACAGAGAGGAUGAAGAGACCCAAGCCCAAAAUAAUCCAGACCAGGAGGCCGGAGUACACCUCUAUCCACUUAAGCUGAACAGGCCCUGGAUGACGAGUAUUCCAAACAUCCUCAUGGGGAGGAACCCUUGACUGUGCAAAUGGCCGGUCACAAUUUGGAAAUGGCAGCCGUGACCAUUGUGGCAGAAAUUCCAGUCCAUGUUGCUCAGAAGAGAAUCGAGGCUUUGUCUCCUUGCUCCAACGCUGCACAUCCGUCCGUGUUCACGGCACCCCGAUGUCUUGGGCCAAUCACUGAGUUUGCGGUGAUCGCACAAGGACAUUUGGGGACGUCUUGAGAAAACCGAUAAUGAUAGUAUUUUGUACUUGUUCUUUCCUGGUAGGUUGUCAUGUUUGUGCCAAGGGCAGGUUGGCCUGCGGGCCCAGGGAGAGCAUUGUGUUUUCUAGCCAGCCUGCAGGGUAGAGUCCCGACUGGUCUGCAGAGGCACCAUGCCGCAUGUCGGUGCAGGGAGUUGGUUAACACAACAACAGCUGCAGUGCGGAAAUGGUAGCGUUUUAUUUUCCCCCCACGUUCUAACGUUUGUGCAUGUGUAUUACUGAUUUUCAAAACUAAUCUUUGUUCUUAUGUAAAGUUACACCAUUGUGUUUCACAUCUUCUGGAAAGCUGGGGAAGAUUUGAAAACUGUCACCCUUGCCAAUCUGCGACUCUCAUUUUCAACAGCGCCCCUUUUUUUACCUGGAACACAUUCGCUCAGCACCCUACCCGGGGCAACAUGUAACCUGUGCUUUGCAGAAGAAGUCACUCUGAAACAUCCUUGUAGAAUUUAGCUUACAAAAUUCAGAGAAUAGCAGCUUCACUGCCAACUUUUCGUGGGUGAGAAAUUUUAGUUUAGGUGUUUUGAGUGAGACAUUGGUUUCGUUUGUCUCUUUGAAGUGGUUGUUGGUACCCAUGAAUCAUAGCCAGAUGCUCUUUGGGGACUUUUGGUUGAGGUGGUUGAUUUCGACCCCACCGAAACAUCGAAAUAAACUUGUAAAUAGAGCUGAUAGUGAAUAUCCAUAACUGUUGUAUACGGGGGCGGAAACAUGGUGGUGGAAGAGUAGCGUAAGACAUGUUAACCUUCCUGUGAGUUGUAUGUUGUAGAAAAUGCCGUUAAAACAUUUUAACAGGACUUGAAUCCAAAGCAUGUCAAGUGGGUGGUAGCUGCGUGGUGAUACCAGAGGGAUGCAGUGCCUUUCCUGUUAAUUCCUGAUGGAAUGGUACACGAGGUUAACCUUUGUCAUUUUUUUCUAGUUGUAAUGUGUAUGUCUGGUAAUAGGUAUUAUAUUUUGGCCUUAAAAAUACCAUAACAGAGUGUGUCAUUUUGAAAUACCUAAUGGCAAGUAACAAUGCAUGCUUUUGAAAUUUGGAAGGUGGUUUUCUUCAAGAAGCAAGUAUGUUUGCGUUAACUACUUUGGUGGUUCCUGUCAAGAAAUGAAUUGAAUGUUCUCAAACCUCGUUUACAGGACUUGCGGGGUGGGGGGCACGUAAGGGAGAGACUGUUGCCUAGCUGUUCAAGUGCUCCUAGUUAAGUGCUUUUAAACUGGAGAGGCUAGCCUCAAAAUAUUUUUUUUAACUGUGUUCUAUAAUAAAUUGGCACAAUAUGCUCCUUACAGAAAA